AUGUACCCCAGUCCCCCAACCUCGGAAGAUCAAGAGGAGCGACAGCCAGCAUGGCCGGAGGCCCACGUAAACGGGCGGACUAUUGUUUUUGGUGUAUCCGCGAUCUACGUCUUCUCGCCCAACCAUCAAACAUUCGCGAUUCCGGUAGCUGCCAUCAGCCGAGUGGAGGUGUUGAAUGGCGAGACGAGCAUCCAUCUGCGCCCCGCCGCUGUAGACGCCCGCAUGGAAGGACGCGCGCUCGAGAUG